GCAAUGUGAAGCCGUCGGCCGGUUGGGCCUGGGACGCCGCCGGUUGGCUGCUGCGGCGGCUGCUGCUGCUGUUGUUGCUGCUGCUGCUCCAUGAUGGGCAGUCACGCAGAUAAAAGAUUGGCUUCUUUUUUGUGUGUGUGUGUGUGUAUUGUAAUGCACGUCAAGUGCGUCGGUAGUAUAAAGGACGGAUGGGUUGGGAUUGAUAGUGUCGGAUACCGAGUAGUCGGCGUAGGCGUCGAUGAAGCUUUGUGGGAUGAUGUGGCACGUAAGGUAUUGACGUAUGUAGUUUGCGGACUAAAGACAGUGGAGAACUGGGAUGGAUGUGGUUUUGGGCUCUUGCUUGGUCUUUUGAAAUUGUGGACGUGGUUGCGUUUGGUUCAAGGAAGGUAGUUCUUGUUUGUCUGAUCGAUCGAUGAGGGAUUGAAAAUGGGAUGGAUUGGGGGUGGAUUGGGAGGAGAGGAAUUGGAUGUCUGGCGAGACGGAGAGAGGUGGAAGGGAAAGGAGCUCGCAAGGAGUGUGCGAAGUGAUGGUUGAGGUGGGAAAAAAGGAUGAGGCAGACAAGAAGUGAAGAAGUAGACGAGGCAGGAUGGGAAUGUCCUCUCUGGGAGAGACUGACGGGGGGUUUGUUGCGAAAGGCGAGUCGGGUCGGGGGGGUGUGGAGUGGGG